UAACGAGCCAACCCCACCCGGUGUGGUGGGCUGGGCAGGCUAAUAGCCAGCGGGUCGCCGGGCUGGGUCAUUUCACCGGGACUUUUGAGUUCUCUCUCAAGCCAAUAAAAUACUCCUCUCCACCUCGUCUCGCUUUCUCUGAAAACCCUAUAAAAAGCCAACAAAUUUUCCCAGAAAAUCAUCCAAACAGACAUGGCAUCGACCUCUCGAACCCCACUCCCGAUCGAAACGAUCCCUAAUUGGCUCGAUCUCCCAAUGGACGUGAUGGCCACAAUACUCCACAGGGUGCGAACCAUAGACGUUUUGAUGAACGUACAGAGUGUGUGUUCUGCUUGGCGGAGACUAUGCAAAGACCCGGCGAUGUGGAGAGUUAUAGAUAUUCACAGUUCGGGGGCUUUGUUCGACAUGUUCUAUGAUCUUGAGAGCAUGUGUAGGCACGCCGUUGAUCGGAGCGAAGGGCAUUUAGUCGAAGUCAAUUUCGAGUACUUCGGCACCGAUGAAUUGCUCCACUACAUUGCCGAGCGGU